UACUUAAGGGACAACAUUCAGAUUCUUUCCUUCUAAAUUCAUCAAAGAUUUUAAUUGUCAGAGAAUCUAUCAGUAUCCAAUAAUAUCCUCAACAACAAAACAGAUAAGCUCAUCUUUUUCUUAUUUUACAUUAAGGAAACUCAAAAAAAAAAAAAAAAAAAAACUGCACAAAGGCAUUACACAAAAGCUGCAUGGGUGGGCAGUUGAGAUUGAACCAUUGUUCUUUAUCUUUAGCUGCAACUUGUCCUUCUACUUUCCAUAAUGGGACACCAUAUUUCUGCAGAAAGUUUAAUACUUUACCAUUUAGAACCCAUUCACUUAACUGGGUAUGUAAUGGAAUUUUUUCAAGAAUUCAACCAAGAAAGCAUUUUGAGGUCAUGUCCUCAAAUGGAUUUCCUCUAAAUGCAGUGUCUUUGCAGGAUGAACAAUUGCCUUUGACAGAGUUAGGAAAUGCAGAGGACACUGUCAGCAUAACUGUUAUUGGAGCUUCAGGUGACCUAGCCAAGAAGAAGAUUUUUCCAGCUUUAUUUGCUCUUUUCUAUGAAGAUUUUCUGCCUGAGAAUUUUGUAGUUUUUGGUUACUCGCGAACAAAAAUGAGUGAUGAAGAGUUGAGAAACAUGAUCAGUAGGACCUUAACCUGUAGAGUUGAUCAGAGAGAGAAUUGCGAGGACAAAAUGGACCAUUUUCUGCAAAGAUGCUUUUAUCAUUCGGGUCAGUACAAUUCUGAGGAUGAUUUUGCAGAACUGGAUUACAAAUUAAAGGAAAAGGAGGGUUGUAGGGUUUCAAAUAGGUUGUUUUACUUAUCAAUACCUCCAAAUAUAUUCGUGGAUGUGGUGAGAUGUGCAAGUCUUAAAGCUUCUUCAGCAAGUGGGUGGACCAGGGUCAUUGUUGAGAAACCUUUCGGUCGUGAUUUAGAAUCAUCUAGUGAGCUGACCAGAUGCCUAAAGAAGUACCUAACUGAGGAGCAAAUUUUCCGAAUUGACCAUUACUUGGGAAAGGAACUUGUUGAGAAUCUCUCGGUUCUUCGUUUCUCAAAUCUUGUCUUUGAGCCGCUUUGGUCCAGAAAUUACAUCCGCAACGUCCAAUUUAUAUUUUCCGAGGAUUUUGGUACCGAGGGACGAGGAGGGUACUUUGACAACUACGGCAUCAUCCGUGAUAUUAUGCAAAAUCAUCUCCUUCAAAUAUUAGCAUUGUUUGCAAUGGAAACACCUGUCAGCAUGGAUGCUGAGGACAUCAGAAAUGAAAAGGUUAAAGUUUUAAGGUCAAUGAGGCCAUUAGAGCUUGAAAAUGUUGUUCUUGGCCAGUAUAAGGGUCAUAGCAAGGGUGUUAAAUCAUAUCCAGCUUACACAGAUGAUCCAACUGUGCCAAAAGACAGUAUCACUCCAACAUUUUCUGCUGCUGCACUCUUUAUUGAUAAUGCACGUUGGGACGGGGUUCCUUUCCUCAUGAAAGCAGGAAAAGCUCUCCAUACUAAGAGGGCAGAGAUCAGGGUCCAGUUCAGACAUGUUCCCGGAAAUUUGUACAAAAGGAACUUUGGAACUGAUCUGGAUAAGGCAACCAAUGAGCUGGUUCUGCGCUUACAACCUGAUGAAGCCAUAUAUCUGAAAAUUAACAAUAAAGUUCCUGGUCUUGGAAUGAGACUUGACCGGAGUGACCUCAAUCUUCUUUACAAAGCAAAGUAUCGAGGUGAAAUACCAGAUGCAUAUGAGCGACUUCUCUUAGACGCAAUGGAAGGAGAGCGAAGAUUGUUCAUUAGAAGUGAUGAACUUGAUGCUGCAUGGGCUCUAUUUACACCAUUGCUGAAGGAGCUGGAAGAAAAGAAGAUUGCACCAGAGCUAUAUCCAUAUGGCAGUAGGGGGCCAGUAGGAGCACAUUAUUUAGCUGCAAAGCACAAUGUUCGUUGGGGAGAUCUAUCCGGUGAGGAGUGAUUUGUAUGUGAGAUCUUCUUGGAUCCCAAUAUACAUUUGGGAUCACGAACUUCUACAAAUAUCGAAUAUCUAUAAAUGCAUGAAGUUUGAGGAGUAUGAAUUGAGGAAAUCUUUCCUCAGAAAAGGGGACAGUUGAUUCAUUUUAGUGUAUAGGAGUUGGGUGGCAUUUUGCAGAUUAUUUAAAUUGAUCUACUUGCAAUUUCAGCUUAUCAAGAACGCUGAAAUUAUGGACAACUUAGAACUGCUGUUAGCAAUUAUUGUAUAGCUUGUCUAUUUUUUAAGAAUACACUCAUGUCUAUGCUUGUUAUGUUACAUCCUUCGCUAUUUUUGCUAAUGACUAAUAAGAAUAAACUUGCAUA